GCAACGGGGCUUGGUUGACGUUUCCCUGGGAAUCCGAUCUCUGCGGCGCCGCUUGUUGCGGGAAGCGGGCUGCGGGUGGCUGCCGGGACAGGCCGGCGCCGGAACUUUCGGGAGCGCUGCUUUUCAGAGCUGCAGCUUGCUUAUUUCCGUGGCCUUUUUCUUACCGUGUGUGUUCUGAAGGCUGUUUCAUGCCCGAUUCCAAAGCCAUGGAGGUAGCGAUGCUUAAGGACCUGCGCCAGGACGCUAACCUAGCCAAGAGGCGGUACAUGGAGCUGUGCAGGCAGGGACGAGUCUUCGACGCCAGGAACAGGAUCAUUGGGGGAGACACACAAGCCUGGGAUGUUCAAGUCCGUGACCAGAAGAUAAAAGAAGCAACUGAGAAAGCUAGGGAUGAAACUUUUGCUGCUGAAAUGAGGCACAAUGACAAAGUCAUGUGCAUACUACAUGACCGCGAACGGAGGGACAGGAAACAACUCUGUUGCGCUAUCAAUGACUUCCAGCAGAGCUUUCAGAAGCCAGAAACUCGCCGUGAGUUCGAUCUGUCUGACCCCCUGGCCCUUAAGAAAGAUCUCCCAGCCCGGGUGUCAGACUGUGACAUGAGGAACACCAUAUCAGGAAUGCAGAAGUUCAUGGGAGAGGACUUAAACUUCCUAGAGAGGAAGAGGUUCCAAGAGGAACAGAACAGAGAAUGGUCUCUGCAACAGCACAGAGAAUGGGAGCGAGCGCGGGCUGACCACAAACUUGCAGAAGAUCACUACCUGCAGACAAGACUCAAGUUUGAUGAAACCGCCCGAGACUUGCAGAAGCUGGAAGGCCUCACCAGGAAGGAAGUCUGUGCCGCCACGAAAGAGUUCAACAAGAACCAGAUUGUGGAGCUGGCAGAAAGGAAGAGGCAAGAGAAGCAGCAGGAGCAAGAGGACAACCUGGCCGAGAUCACUAACCUGCUACACGGGGACCUGCUCUCUGAGAACCCACAGCAGGCCGCCAGCUCCUUCGGGCCUCACCGUGUGGCUGACCGCUGGAAGGGCAUGAGCCGGGAGCAGCUGGAAGAGAUCCACUACGUUCAGAAGCAGCAAAUCCAGGAGAAGCUGAGGCUUCAGGAGGAAGAACGCCAGCGCAUCAUGGACUGGGACCGUCGCAGGAUCCAGAAGGCCCGCGCGAGCCUCCUGCAUGAGCGGCAGCAGCAGCGUUUGCAGCGGGAACUGCGCAGGGCCCUGGAUUGCAGCAACCUCAGCUUGGCCAGGGAUCAGUAUCUACAGAAAAAACGAAUGGAUGAAGCUUCCUCAAGUCAACCCACAGAAGAUUAUUUCUCACAGUUUAAUACAAGAAGCCGCUAAUGGAAAAGACUCUCUUUUCUUGUUUAUAGUAGUAUGGUGCCCUGGGACUCACACUUACUUCAAAGUAAACCUGCUCCUUGGUCUGGA